AUGGCCACGGAAGAUAACACUUCCAGCAUCCCAAGCAAACGCGCUACGUCAGCCCUCCAAAUGGGGCCCCGCAAAAAGUAUCCUCUUAUAUCGCACGGGCGUCACUUUGGUCGAACGGUGUUCACGCUGUGCAAUUAUCCCUCUCUACUUACCAAUGGUAUUCUCAGAUUGGAACAAAUGGAGGAAACUCCUCUGGAAGACUUCCCAGCUGAAGAACGACGGGAGCAUCGCGUCUUCGAACAACUCUUAGAUUCUUAUCCUGGCCUAUUAGAGCGACUUAGGAAUGGGUCCAAAGAGGAGAUUCUGCACGUUGGAGAGCUAAUCGGCAAGGGAGCAUCAGGCGCGAGAGGUGAUGACACAAAAUCAUUGAAGUCUGCAAUACUCGACUGGAUUUCCCUUAAAGGAGCCGCAAUCCAACCUCCUUUACAUAGGAACUCAAAGAUCGAUCGUGGAUUCAAUCACGAACUUACUGGGUCACUUCUUUGCCCUGCCGGGUUGGACUGGCACGACUCAGAGACGAGAGAGAACCUCCACAGUGGCGAAAUCUCGGUCUGCGGAGACCAAUGGCCUGUUUUUUUGUAUUACAACCAUAUCUAUGACGCUGAAGACCCAUGGUGCGGUCUCCUCAGGAGUCGCUUAUUGACGUGUGCUUACAAACAUGUCUUCACAUCCCCAAGCUCGGUCGAUAAAGAUCCAAAAGCCACGCGAUCCGGAAACGCUCGCCUCCAUGGCAUGAACUGCGUUACCACCGCCUCCAUCGCCUAUAUUGCUACUCAGGUCCGGUUUGCCCUAAGCUCAUCCUCCGUGUUUUCACGAACAGAUACAUCUACAGACUCGGAAACGUUCUAUCACAGCCUGCUUGACCUUUUCGAGGACCUGGACGAAUCGAAAAGAAGUUUCUGA